CCCUCUCACACCCUACUAAUUCCCCAGCAAAUACCCUCUUCAUUAUUUCACUGAAAAAAAGGGCAGAAUCUCUCUCUACCUAUUUCUCAGUGUCACUGUGACUCUCUGUCUUUCUGCUUUCUGGGUAUUUGGCUAAAUAUCAUAUACUACCCAAUAGAUAAUGGACUCUUCUCUUUCAUGUAGCAAUAGUACUGAAAAUCUGGAGACGGUUAUGUUCUCUAUGGUGCAAUCUAUUGUGGUGCAAAGUGCUCUUCUUGCUCAAAAGUCUCUGCUUUUGAUUCUGUUUUUUAUGAGAUCUCAGCCAGAUGAUAUGGAUAUGGUACCAGAUUUAUCUGCAAUUGAUAAAAGGUUUCCUUUGGCUGAACUAAAUAGAGUAGAAAAAACUGCAGCUGAGAAUAAGGAUGCCGGGGAAACUGAUGAUCAGGAUGGCGAUGAUGAUGAUGAUGGUGAUAAUGAUCAGGAUGAUGAUGAUGGUUCCUCUGGAGAGGAAGGGAGUGAUGAUGAAUUGGAUUCUGAGGGUGAUGCUGAUAGUGAUGGAGAAAGUGAUGAUGAUGAUGAAGACGACGACGAUGAUGAUGACGAAGACGAUGAUGACGAUGAUGACGAAGACGAUGAUGACGAUGAAGAUGAGGAGGAAGAAACCCAGCCACCUUCUAAAAAGAAAAAAUGAGAAUAUUUUCCCCCUUUUUUCCUUAGAAUCCCAUUUAAACUUAGAUUGGUUGGAGGAAUUUUAUUUUAUUUAAAUAUUGAGAAAAUCAAAAAAUUCAGAUCAUUAAUUUUCACAGAACUUGAAACAUACAUUUUAAUAUAAAAAUCUCUAGAUGUUUUGUCUCUUA